AUGACGAAAAAAGCUGCUGGGAAAGGCUCUUCUUCACAAAAGAAUACUCUUCUUAAUUACAUGGGAGGAGUGAAACAACAGACGCAUUCUCACUAUGAAUGCAUCAAUAAAAAGAAGAGUGAUGUAAUGAUGAUUUUAGAGGAUGGAGAUCCAAUUGAAGUUUCGGACUCGGAAGAUGAAACUAUGAAAUUAUUGGAUGAUGAAAUUUCAAAGGAGAAGAAUGAAUCCAACACCACAACAAGAGCAUUCUUUUUUACAACACCAACUCCCAAAUUUCCAGUCCUACAGAGUAACAAGAUGGGUUCAUUAGCUUUUACUCCAAAAAACAAACUUUGUGUGUAUCCUUUCAAUCAUCUCUAUGAACAUGACACGUGCUAUCAACAUGCACUACGAUAUAAUCAGCCUCCGGUUCCAUUGCAUUUGUUUUAUCACAAACUGUCGGGACUGCCAUUCUCACAUCAUGUCAAGCAAUCUUAUCAGAGAAAAGAAAUUUCACGAUGGUUCAGCUCAAAACCAGAGCAAUUAAUGGAAUUAACUCACAUGUCAGAUAUGAGUAUGAGUGAACAUUUAACCAAUAUGGAUGUUCUUGACACUGACACGAGUAGUUUUUUUGCUUUUGGAACUCACAAAGGAAGGCUACAAGUUCAUAAUAUGGAUGUUGAGGUUUGCAUGGAACACAAUUUUGGAGAUCAAAUUACGUGUGUCAUCUUUAAUCCACAUUUACACAAUCUACUUGCUGUAUCAAAUACCAACACUUCUACUGGCUCAGUUUAUUUAUUUGAUUAUUCUACAAAAAAGGUUGUUCACAAGCUUAUUGGAGAAAAUAUUGUGGAUUUUAAAUAUUUAGAUUCCAAUACAUUAAUUGCCUCAAGGAAAAAUGGUAGAAUAACAUUACUAGAUUUAAGGCUUCCCAAAAAAGACAAAUCCUCUAAAUCAACCUUCACACCACUGCAAGCAAUACAACAAGAAACAAAGCCAUCAUCCCAAUGUCCGUCUCCCAAUGCAAUUACCAAUAACAAGAAAUUUGGUGGAUUAGUAGCCAAGAGUAAGAAAUCACAAUCCAAAAAACAACUUUUUAAACCAUCCGUUUCGAGUCUUUCUAUGACCUCUUUAGAGACUUUUAACAAUGUUACUUUCUGUAGGAAUGAUCCAAACUUUAUACUUGCGUCAUCCUUUCAUGACUCGCUCAUUCGAUUUUUUGAUAUGAGGCAUGGACUUGGUGACCAUUUCCAAACUGUACAUAUGGAGUCAGCAAUUAAGGAACUCUACACACAACUGAAUGGACAAGUGUUUGAAACCUCUCUGGAAGCUCAUGCUCAACCACAAAGGCAAACUAACAGCUCCACUGCCACUACUUCAACGAGCUCUACAUCAUUCAUUACUGAAAAUGGUAUUGUUUUACAGGAAUUAACACGGUUAGACAGAAGAGCUCCAUUAGCAUUUUAUAACAAACCUACAACAACUACUCCAACUACUGAGGGUAUCAAAUAUUUCGACCUCACACCAGAUGGUAAAUUUAUUUAUUUCAUUUCAACUCUUGGAGGGGUUGGUCUUUAUGACAUAGCAGGAAAAUCUCUAUCGAAAUACUUUCAAAACAAAGCUUCAUUUAAGCUCGAUGUAUUCAACCAAAAAGGUCAUUUAUUGGAAAACGAAAAUGGAACAUAUUUCUUUGCUCCGUAUGGCUCUCGAGUUGAGGUAUUGGAUUGGAGUCGGCCUCAUGUGAAACAAUGGUUUACUGUCGAUCAUCAGAAAAUCAGAUCCAACUCGACCAAGCCAGAAUUGUACAUGCAAAUUUCUCAUGCUUUCAAACCGGAGCGACAUCACAACAUUGCUCACGUUCGCGUAAUGCAACCAAACACUCCACAACGAAAAGUCGUGUGUUCAGAAUAUGACAACAGACUCGUUGUGUUUAAUAAUAAUUUAAAUCAAUAA